AUGAUUGAACUAGAUAUGCAGCCAAUUUUAUUACAAGACACGAUAAAUAAUCUUAAAUCUGGCGGUAUUGACAACAAGGUGGCUCCGUCAAAAAAACAUCAUAACUGUCUUGGCUUUAAUGAUAAAACAUUAUUUCAUUGGUUACAACUAUUACUUUUACCGUUGGUUAUGAUUUGCAUUUUCGUUACUUUCUUAAUAACUCGAGAACGUCAAGUACAACCGAUACAACACUAUUAUAAUAAUGUUGAUAAUGUACAACAGCAACAGCAAAUGCGUCAAGAAUCUAUUUUUAAUAAUUAUGUGAAUGAUAUUUCAGAUAUAAUUUUACGAUCCGGGGACAGUUUCGCUUCAAAAUUAGCCAGAGCAAAAACAUUAUCUGUUUUGAAGCAACUUGAUCCAUUAAGAAAACGUUAUUUAAUUGAAUUUCUUUAUGAUACAUCACUUAUUCAAACAACAAGAAGACCAAAACCAUUGAACUUAGAACAAGCGAAUGUAAAUCAAGUUAAUUUAAGUAGUUUAAUAUUUUUUCGUUUAUAUCUGAAAAAUGUAUACUUAGAUAAUUCAUUAGAAGUCAGCCAUUUAGGACACUGA